AUGUCCGCCCAAAACUCCAAGGAAAUCCAGAAGCUGCUCCAGGCAGAGAAGAAGGCCCACGAGAUUGUGCAGAAGGCACGAGGAUACCGAACACAGAAGCUCAAGGACGCCAAGACGGACGCUGCUGCCGACAUUGAGGCCUACAAGAAGAAGAAGGAGGAGGACUUUUCUAAGACCAAGAACGCCGACAGCGGCAGCAACACCAAGGCUGAGGCCGAGGCCGAAGAGUCCGCCAAGUCCGAGCUGGCCGAGAUCAAGAAGGCUGGCGAGAAGGCCGAGAAGGACGUGCUCAAGAAGCUUAUAGAUGAGGUUCUGACCCCCAAGCCCAUUGUCCACAUCAACGCUUAG